CGCGUCGGCCAAUGCGUUUCAUCCAUCAUCUCGAGGUUGUUCUCUGUUUAGACGGAUAUUUGGAUUGCACCGUCUUUCGCAUGUGCAAAUAGUCAAUGCAAAUCGCCGGAGACACGGCUACCCUAGCCACUGCGCUUUCCACGGCUGCGCUGUGAUGGAUUGGCUAACAGUGAUCCUGUGAUAGAUACGGGCGCCUGGUUCGCUGCGACAUCCCUGCGCCGCGAUCGACUUCCAGUCGACUGUUCGCUUUCGUGGAGUAUGAGGAUCGGCGUGAUGCCGAUGAUGCGUACCAUGAAAUGCAUAACAAACGCAUCGGCCGAGAUGAUUUGUUGAAGAUCGAGUGGGCUCGAACGCCUCCAUCAGCUUCUUGGCGAUUUGAAUCCGGGCGUGACCGUGAUCGCCGCGGACCCCGAUCUCCUCGCCGCGGACGGUCACCAUCCCCUCGACGCAGUACUCGUGACUACUCCCCACGGAAAGACGAGCGUCGCGAUCGCGACCGAGAUUACGAUCGCGAUAGCCGAAGGGACCGUGACCGCUCUCGAAGUCCCGAGCACCGUGACCGUGACCGCGAUUUGAAAGAAGAGCGUGAUGAUCGUGAUCGUAAGGAGAAUGGAACCAACGGUGAUGAAAGGAAAGCUGAGAGUCCUCUCCCCGCCCAUGACGAUCUAGAUGUUGCUGAGUAGUAGAGGCCACCAUUGUCGAAGCGUAUGACGGCAGCGGACUGAUGA